UAUUUGCCCAAAUAAUUUUGAUAAACCACAAUGGCCGGACGCGAUAAGAAAAACAAAAACCUAAAACAACAAAUGACCCUGGACACAACCGACAAGGCAACACGAAGAGUGAUAGCCCCGUAUGUGAAAAUAGUGAGGAAAAGUAGGGGGGCCAUAGACAAAGUGCAAGAGAACGCGAAGUUUAGUUAUUAUUUACAAAAUAAACCAAGUGUGUUGAUGCAAGAUUUAUCCUCAUUUCUAUCAGACAGUGUCGAUUUGGCUUCGGUUUUACAAGAAACUGCACAGGUUUUGAAGGUUGUUACUAGAGCAAGCGGUGCGACACUUUAUAUGGUGGAUAGUGCAUCCGAAGAAAUUUAUCAGGUACCAAAAAAUGUCACUGAUGAGAGACACAAAGUGAACUGGCGAAUACAGAAAGGCAGCACUGUAGCCGCCUUUGUAGCCUUAAAAAAGGAAUUCGUGUUGGUUGAGGAUAUUUUGUGUGAUGAAAGAUUUCCAGCUGGAUUAGGCUAUCAAGAUGAGAUGGUCAAAUCUGUUCUGUGUGUCCCAAUCGUGACAACAGACGGCGAAUGCUAUGCCAUAGUAGAAAUGUACAAAAGCGUUCCAGAGGGUAGUUUUAGUAAAGAUGACUUGAAAAUUUCUAUUGUGGUAUCAGGUUGGAUGGGGGCAGCAAUUCAUCAGAAUCGGUUGCGAUUGUCUUUGCAGAAGCAACAAGAACUGAAUGAUUACCUUUUGGACUUAAUUAAGUACUAUUUUGCUGAUAAUGUGUCAUUGGAAAAACUGAUUACGGAAAUUGUGAAAUUUGCUAAAGCGACUUUGGGAGCUGAACGUGGCUCAUUUUUCAUCAUCGAUCCCGAUUCUUCUGACAUGACUGCUGAAGUUUUUGACGAAGGCAUCGACGGCACUGGUACCACGAUGCACAAGAAAAACCAUAAAAUUCGACUAGGCAUAGACCGUAGCAUACCUGGCUUAGUCGCUAGAUCUGGACGUACAAUAAAUUUAAGAGACGCUUACAAUGAUCCCAUAUUUUUCACUCCUGUCGAGGCGAAAACAGGAUUCAUCACCAGAUCUAUUUUGUGUAUGCCUAUAGUGAGCCUUGAUAAUAUUUUAGGUGUGGUUCAGGUGGUUAAUAAAUUGAAUGGAGUAGUUUUUACACCAUCCGAUGAAAAUUUAUUCAAAACUUUCUCAGUUUAUUGUGCCCUUGCUUUGCAUUAUGCCAAACUUAAUGUUAAAAUGAAGCGAACAGCUCUCUCGAAUGAAGCAAAUUUGAAACUUCUUAGUUUACAAAUUAAGCCUUGCGUACAUGACAUACAAUCGUUUGACAAAAAUACAGAAGUUCUAAUACCCAGUAGUUUCAGGGAAUGGUAUAUUUCCAUUGAAGAAGAACCAAUAAUGCCCCAAAUGGUAUAUUACAUGAUAAAAACCAUUGUUGGUUUUGAAGAUCUAAAUACCAAUCUCCUGAGAGAUUUUAUUUUGACUGUGAGAAAAUGUUAUAGACCCAACCCAUAUCAUAAUUGGGAGCAUGCCUUCAAUGUUGCCCAUUGUAUGUUCAAUAUCUGUUUGAGAAAUAAGAAUUUAUUUACUGACAUUGAGAUCAAGUCUCUAGUUAUAGCCUGUUUGUGCCACGAUUUGGACCACGGAGGCUACACAAAUAACUUUUUACAGUUGACCGAUGACACUCUAUCCCAAUUAUACGACGAAUCGUUUUUGGAAAAUCACCAUUAUCAAGUUGCACUCCUGAUCUACAAGGUAUUUUCCUUUUACCAAGUCCCCAACAAUAUCUGGAAACUAAUCGAUAAGGAAAUAAGACACUCCAUUUUAGCCACAGAUUUGGCUAAUUAUUUUAAAGUCCGCAUGAAGUUGAUCCAAGUGUUCAAUGAACAUCACGGAAUCGACUGGAAUAAUAAAAGCCACAGAGCCCUUUCCAAAGCUAUUAUGAUGACUAGUUGCGAUUUAUCUGGUUCUUGUAAACCUUAUAUGGUCGCCAAGGGACUCACUGAUAAUGUUAUCACCGAGUUCUACAAUCAAGGUGACAAGGAAAAAGCGCUGGGAUUACAGCCAUUGUCUUUGAUGGAUCGAGAAAAGUCAGGUCAAAUUCCAGAAGACCAAGUCAAUUUUUUGACCAUUAUAGUGCUACCUUGCACUGAUAUGUUGAAAAACAUUUUGCCAAAUUGUGGAGAUAUGAGCGUAGAAGCUGUACUGCUACGUAAAACCUGGCAAGAAAUAAUCGAGCUCAAAGGCAGAAAAAGUUGGAGACAAGACGACUCUGUAGUAAACCCAAUUGAUUAGCAUAUAAAUAAAUUUAUUUUCUUGAGUAAAUAUUACAUGAUUUACUUUGUAAAUAACACAAAAUUAUAAUAACACUAUACAUAGAAAAUCGGCAUAAACCUAAUAAUAAUAAUAUGUACUUUAUAUUUUAUUUUAACUUUAAAAAAGAUGCAUUUUUUUUUAAAUAAUAUACAGAUCCAUCGCUUUUAUAAUAUUUAUAAGGAUAAAAUUUUCUACGAAAAAUAAUAUAAGCUAGAUAAAAAUAAAUUGAUAUACAUACCUAACUAACAAAAUUUUUAGGAAUAUCUCUUAAAUGAUAAUUAUUUUCUUAUUCAUAAAAUUAUUCAAACCAACACACCAGUACUAGGCUUUCACAGUUUUAGCUUCAAACAACACAUAAACGCUUUUCUUCUUUAAAUUUGAUUUAUACUAAAACCUAGCACCAGGCAUUUAGUUUUAAUUUAAAAACGAUCUGAUUCACUGGUUAUGUAUUGCGAAUUUUACCGGGUACGUAGUUUUUAUCGAUUGUUGGAUCUUGUAAGAACAUAUGUAAGCAUCUUUCGUUUUGGGCAAGCGGAUGACCAGCAAUCUUAUUGAUGAAUACUUCUAAUCCUUUUCGUCUGUCUUCAAUGAAACCUUCUUCGAAAAUACCAUCAUCUCCUCUGAAAGGUAGCUGCCUCUUCCAUGCUUUUCCUGGUAGAGGUGGUACAACUAUUUUACUAUCUCGUUCUAGUUCAUUUCUUAGCCAUUCAAAGUCGCUGUAUCGUCUUCUGACGCUAGAUUCUUUUACUUUGAACACAGGUAGAUUCGUCCUCAUUUUCACUUCAUAAUCCGUGAAUCGUUUUUUGCCAACACCAAUAGUAGUAACAGGAUUAACCACGUCUAUUUCCAAGAAAUUCGCCGGGGCUGCAUAAGCAUCAUCCAAUGUUUGCUUCUUCACAUUCAGCCUUUUUAUGGCUUCUGCAGUUGUAUCGGAUUCGGCCAUCAUUAUCGCGAUAAAGGAAUUAUUUAUUAGCUAAAACUUUUGAAAAUAACGAUUAAGCAUUAAUGCUGAAUUUAAGCACGUAGAUGAUUUUACUGAUUAGCUAGCGACAGUUUUUUUAGGACGAAACACCCCCCAAAAUCACAAAAAAAUCUUCUCUACAUAAACAUGACACCAGUGAAGUGACAGCCAGUGGGUGACAGCACACCACAGUAAGACAAAGAAAGAAAAGUAGGGAUGUGAUGUUUCAGACUUGGCGCACUGAGAGAAAGAAUAAACGUAAAAAUUCCCUAGUCAGAAUCACUCUAAUCAAGAAUUGAUGUCGACCUCUUUUCAGAAUGCCACAAACUAUAUGAUUUUUAUCCAUACUCCGACUUUACGAACGGUAACUUUACGAUAAUCCGCACACCGAGUUAUUGCACGCAGCAUUGCUCGAAAGCCGGAGCAAAGCCGUUUUCUC